AUGAAAUCUGCCAUAAUCGCGGUUGUAUGUUACCCCAAAUGGCAAUGGCGCCAGGCGCUCCCAAUCCUCCUCAUGGUGGUGAUGGUGGUGUUCCAUUUGGCUCAAAUGGACUACACCGUACAUGACGCGCAAGCAAGCACUCCUGCACGCACUCAUCGGACAGGAAACCAACCUGUUGUGGGAAGGCUUGCGGUUAUCUGCCAGCAGCAUCGAGAUGGUCUGGCGCCAUGGCUAUUUGUUGGUUACUGGUACGUCUCUCAACAGGAGCUCGGUGGCGUAGCAGCUGUCGUUCCGGAGGCCUGUACAACUGAGUUCUUCCUCCCCCACCUAACACCUCCCUUCUUAGUGCCGAGGCCGCAGCUGUUCGUGUGUCGCAUGCGUGCGUCCGUCCGAGCAUUCCUUCGUUCCCCCGAACCCUUGUCCCCUAAUCUCCCACCCCACCUCUCUUCCCCUUCGCAUUACGCUGGGAAAUCUCGGACAAAGGUUCCUAAACUUGCUCUUCCUAGCGGGGAGGCCCAAUUGACCGAACAAAAGACAUCGGCGGUUCAAGAGGACAGGGUUGACAACCAUCAGCUUUAA